AUGUUGAACAGUGCGGUUGAUUCCCGCAUUUUCCGCAACCUUUUUGGAACCGAAGAGAUUCGUGACAUUUUCUCAGAUGAAGCGUACAUCAAGUGCUUGAUCGAAGUUGAAAUUGCUCUUGCGCGAGCUGAAGCAACAUUCAAUGUUAUCCCUCAAGAAUCGGCCGAUGUUAUUGCAGAGAAGGCCAAGUACGAAAAUCUAAACCUCAGUCGCAUGGCCGCAGACACCGAAAAUGUUGGGUAUCCUGUUUUGCCGCUGGUAUGGCAACUGGCUGAGAUGGUACCCCAAGAGCAUGCCAAGUACAUCCAUUGGGGCGCCACGACUCAAGAUAUCAUGGACUGCGCUUCCAUGGUGCAAAUCCGUAGGGGACUCGUUGUCGUCCGUCGGAACCUUCAUGAAUUAGAUACAGCUUUAAGGGCUCUUUCGGAGAAAUACGCCGACACACCCAUGGCAGGCAGGACCCAUCUCCAGCAUGCGCUCCCGAUUACAUUCGGCUAUAAAUGCGCCGUAUAUCUCUCAGGUAUUCAACGGCAUAUCCAACGAUUGGCCGAAAUAGAACUUCGAUGUUUGCUGGUCCAAUUCGGUGGCGCGGCUGGCACGUUGGCCUCGCUCGGCUCAGAUAAUACCGGUCUACAAGUGCGAAAGCAACUUGCGAGGGAACUUGGGCUACAUGAUCCAUCAAUUACAUGGCAUGUGGCACGCGAUCACGUUGCAGAGGUUGUCAAUUUCCUCGCGCUAGUCGGGGGAUCUCUCGGAAAGAUCGCUCUAGAUAUCAUCAUCAUGUCGUCUAACGAGGUUGCCGAAGUGGCUGAGCCCUUCGUACCGUUUCGGGGGGCGUCGUCAACUAUGCCUCAAAAGCGAAACCCCAUAUCAAGCGAAGUUAUACUUGCCUCUUCGAAGCUGCUUCGGUCUAACGCAUCAUUGGCUCUGGAUGCCAUGGUGUCCGAUUUCGAACGAGCUUCCGGCCCCUGGCACCUGGAGUGGAGCUGCAUACCAGAUUCCUUUGUACUAUGCUGUGGUGCACUCCACCAAGCAAACUUCAUUAUGAGGGGACUUCUCGUCAACACCGACGUUAUGUCAAGCAAUCUCAAUAUGACCAAGGGCUUGAUUGUUGCGGAGGCCGUGAUGAUGGGAACUGCGCCGAAGAUUGGUCGCCAGAGAGCACAUGAUGUGGUUUAUGAGGCCUGCACAAAGGCAAUUGAGGGAAACCUCCCCUUAAUUGAUAUUCUCCGACAGGAUGAGAGUCUAGUGGCUCAGGUCGGGGAGGAGAAGCUGAGGUCUCUCUGUGAUCCAUGGGUUCGAUCUGGAGUUAAAGACGUAACGGAUUAUGGUUGA